CACACACACGCACACAAACAUACAGAGUCACUCAUUCAACUCCCUCUCAGCCACGGGUCAGCAGCUCAGACAGACACCUUGUUCCUAUUCAGCUGGAAAGCUUAGAGCAUCGCAAGGUGCACACACACACACGCACACAUACUUGAAUACACACUCACACAGAAACACUUAUACACAUAUAGACACACAUGCACAUCCUCAUACAUCCCAGGACUUUAUCUCUGGUACAGGAAAGAAGACCUCAGACCAAGGAGGAGAGAAAACAGAGAACAAGGAGGACACCAAAGACAAACUUUUAAAGAUGGGUUUGUGACAUUACAGCACUCUAUGAAAGGACCGGACAAAGAAUUGAAAACCAGCUGAAGAUGACAACUGGAGAAACUUUGACAAGCUAGUUUCAGUAGGAAGUCCUGCUGCCAACCCAGAGUGAAGAUCGGUGACAUCUAGAGGGUCUGCUCUGAGAGACAUUUCCAUCAUUUUUCUUUCUAGGACUUGCACCCUCCUGUCAUCACCUCCAUUGGGGUUGUCUCCCAAUCACCAGCAUGCCUACAGCUUGCACAAGGUGCACCUUGGGAGUCUGACCCACCAUGUGCAGAUGGACGCCGUCCCUAGCUCAUCUCUGUCCUGAGCCUGCCCUUGGCACCACCUCUCCUGGGCGACCUGUCCCCCUGCCCAGUGCAGCCUCCCUGUGCCUGGCAUGCCUCACCCUGCUCCUGGCCACCUCUGGCACUGCCGCAGGGGCCUGUCAGCCCGGGGUAGGGCAUGAACCUCUUCAGGUGCUGGCGAGUGGCAUCAACUGUUCAUGGACUUUGGAAAGGCACACACGCAGUUACAAUCACCUGGAGGGCGACGUCCGACUACGGCGGCUCUACUCUGCCAACAAGUUCUUCCUCUGUAUUGACAAAACCGGCAAGGUGGACGGCACACGGCGGAAGAACUACGCAGACA